AUGGGCACUACCAUCCUCAACCUCCUUUUUCUCUUCUUCCUCAGCUUCUUCUCACCUAAUAUAUUUCAACUAGUCUACACUCAAUUCCUCCCCAUCACCGACGAAGGUGGUGGCAUCGACCCUACCAAAACCCCUAUCUACAUAGUUCAUGUGGAGAAGCCUCGUCGUGGCUCUAACCGCUCACUUCGCUUUCGGGACCUGAAAAAUUGGUACAUGUCCUUCCUCCCAAAUGCCACCCUUGCCUCUGGUGAACCACGCAUGGUCUAUACCUACCGCGAAGUCAUCACCGGCUUCGCUGCCCGCCUCAACUCUGAAGAAGUAGAAGCCAUGGAAUCACUCGAUGGCUUCAUCAACGCCUACCCCGAAAAAGAAUACCAUGCUUCCACAACCUACACCCCCACCUUUCUCUCCCUCAAAGGCAAACCAUCGAAUACGCUCUGGUCCGACUCUUCCAUGGGUGCUGGCCAAAUCAUCGGUGUCAUUGAUACUGGGAUCAACCCUAACCACCCUUCCUUCAACAACAAUGGAAUGGCUCCUGCUCCACCCAAAUGGAAUGGCAUGUGCUACUGGGGCAACACGCGUACUUGCAACAACAAGCUUCUCGGUGCCAUUGCGUUCCGCCAUGGCAUGUACUCCAACCCGUACGAUAAUGAUGGCCACGGUACCCACGUGGCGAGCACCGCAGCUGGGAAUUUCGUUAACAAUGCUAAUGUGAGUGGGCAAGCACAAGGGACAGCCUCUGGAAUGGCCCCGCGCGCUCAUCUAGCGAUCUACAAAGUCUUAUUUGUCGGUCCGUCAGGCAAAUCUGUGGGCACCGAUUCUGAUAUUUAUGCUGGUAUUGAACAAGCUAUUCGUGACCAUGUUGAUAUUCUUCAAAUGUCGCUGGGGUCCGCCAAGCUCGAGCUCUUUGAUAGCUCGGUUGUUGUCGGUUCAUUUGCAGCUAUAACAAAAGGGAUUAUUCCUUGUGCUGCAAUUGCCAACAACGGGCCCACAGCUAGCAUAUUAGCCAAUGACGGUCCGUGGAUACUAACAGUUGGGGCUAGCACUAUUGAUAGAAAGAUAGUGGCAUCGGUGCUGCUUGGCAAUGGUUCAGAAUUAGUUGGUGAGUCAGCUUAUCAACCAAGUUUUCCAUCAACUCAGCUUCCACUCUCAUUCCCAGCUUUUCAACUUAGAACACCUGAUUCCCAGGGUUGUAAUUUAAAAGAGCUUAAAAAAUUAAAUCUUCAGGGUAAAAUUGUCACGUGCUUUCGUUUUGACAUCGAGGAUGAUGUGCGAGGCCGUAAUGUGUUGAAUUCAGGCGGUGCCGCCAUGAUUUUGCUCAACCACAAGAUGGCGGGACAGACUACCAAUGCCUUUGUACAUGAGCUCCCUACCUCGCAUCUCAACAACACUGGUUCAAAGGUCAUUGUAGAUUACUAUAAGGACACGAAUAACACAACUGCGGCGAUAAAAUUUGGUGGGACCCAAUUUGGAAUCAACUCAGCUCCAGCUAUUGCCGUCUUUUCAUCCCGCGGACCGAGCUUAGCAAAUGGCGGGAUCAUAAAACCAGAUGUGAUUGCACCAGGGGUCAACAUCUUGGCUGCAUGGCCACGGCCUGUGGGGGUCACUGGAUCCAUAUUCAACUUUUUAAGUGGGACGUCUAUGGCGACCCCGCACGUGUCAGGUGUGGUGGCAUUGUUGAGAAACAUAUAUCCGAACUGGUCACCAGCAGCAAUCAAAUCAGCGAUUAUGACCACCGCAUACACAUUUAAUCGUCAAGGGAAUCCAAUCACUGAUGAAUUUGAUGGCAAUCCAGCUACAGUGUUUGAGCGAGGAGCCGGCCACAUUAAUCCAGAAGCAGCGAGGAACCCUGGGAUUAUAUAUGAGCUAAAUUACUAUGACUAUGUACAUUACCUAUGCGGAUAUUAUAAAUCGAGCUAUAAAGUACAAAUGAUCAUAAAGGGGGUGGUGAAUUGCGCAAAUGUGAAAGCAAUAGCUCCAGAGCAGCUUAACUAUCCAUCCUUUGGUGUGAGUAUUGGAGGGAGCACGCCUGAGGUGAAGGUGGUGAGGAAAGUAACGAAUGUUGGAGAUGCAAUGUCAACUUAUAAUGUGGAUGUGGAGGAGCCGAAGGGGGUAAGAGUUGAGGUAAGUCCGACGACAUUGCAAUUUAACCAAGUGGGGGAGGAGAAGAGCUAUGAAGUGAAAUUUAGCUUAAAGGGCGGUUUGCCGUUGCCGGUGGCUGGGGAGGUGAAGGAUGGGCAGUUGAGUUGGGAUUCCGACAAAUAUUAUGCUAGUAGCCCGAUCACAGUUACAUUUGUUUGA